AUGUCUGAACCAAAAGUACUCACGCCCGGAACCAAACAGGGCAGAAAGGACAGGAUCCGUGGCUUCACAGAAGGUCCUGCAGGGGAAGCCUUAGCGAUUCUCAAUCCUAAAAAGGCAAAAUUAAUGAAGUCAGAGCAUAAAGAAGGAAGUGCUUUGAAGCCGGGAACAACAUUUGGAUGCUCGACGCAGAAACCUGUCCCCGUUCAGCUUGAUACGGAUUCUUCUCUCCUACGAAUCUUCGUCGGAUUGUUCGUCUCCGUCACUCGCUGGAAGAAGAACAGCAGCGUUAACUUUGCAACAUAUAUGAAUGGAUAUCCUGGAGGUGAAGACGAUGCAAUCUACGCUGCAAAUGCGCUGAAUGAGGCGGCCGAGGAGUGGAAUAGGAAAGCGGUCGGCGUCACGUUCAAUUGGGUCGACAAAUUGGAAGACGCAAAUUUUGUCCUUGCAUACGGGGGAAAUUUGGGUGAUGUUGUCGCGGAGGCCUAUUUCCCCAAUCAAAAGGAUCUCAACAUAGUCUAUGUGUACAAACGAGGCUUUGACGACGACACGAAGCCCGAGUUGCACAAAUUCUUUCUGCACGAACUGGGACACGUGCUUGGACUGAGACAUGAAUUUGCCCCUGAAUUGGAGACCAACACCGGCGCUGUGCUAUGGGGUAGUAGAAACCCCAUCUCAGUUAUGACCUACAGGGAUGGGAUCGCGCCUGAGAUUCAGGAUUCGGAUGUUACUGACACGAAAACCUUCAUCGAAUUCGACGGUGACAAGAUUGGCAAUCAACCACUCUACACAUAUGAACCCGACAAUUGA